CUGGAACUCCUUACCAGAUUUAAUAGCACCAGCUCCAUCGGUAAACGCUUUCAAAGGAAGAUAAAAUCUCUGCUGAGAUAUAUAUCGUGAGGAUUAACAUAGGCAACAAGAGCCUUCUGUCCUUAUAAUCUGAAUCUGGAUGUUGAAUUUAGCACUUUUUUGAUUCGUGCGUUACUUUCUUCUUAAAACGUCUUUUAAGGAGUCUUUGGCGUUUCGGAUUCCCAUACUGUUCUGCAUCGUCGCUCAUACUGUACUGUCUGUAUUUAAAUAUAUAUUUCAGUAAUGAAGCCAGCAGCAAUGAAAAAAUUUAGUACUAGUCACUCUUCGCCACUCGCACCUAAUGAGCCAGGAACACCUAAGAGAUCAGUACCUGGUCCGACUUCCCCUCUACAUUUCUUGGAUCUCUUGUUGUUCUCAACCCUUCGAAGACCGAUUUUUGUUGAUCCUGCAAUUAAAGCUGGAGUAUAUCUUUGUUUGGCAGCUGGUGUUUCUCUUAUAUUCGAUUUCAUAAGGGCUCCACCAACCUACUUUUCUAACAAACAAAAUCCAUUUAACAAGUUUUUCGUCAAGUUAGGAUGGGCUUGGACGUGUGGUUGCCUUGCAGCCUUUGUAAUUGUUUCCUCUUUUGUGUAUACGGGUGGCAACGUCAGACUUAUGCGUGCACACAUUCUACGUUUAGCUGUUGGUUCUGGAUGUUGGUAUAGCGGUACUGGCCUUAUAAAUUUAAUUCACGACUGGACAGGGCAUUGUCAUCCAGCGUCAGUAACCCUUGCCAGUGGACUCCGUCCUACUCAAAGAAUGUCAUGUCAGAGAGCUGGGGGUAUUUGGCUAGGAUUUGAUAUAUCAGGUCAUUGUUUUCUGUUGGUGCUUUCUAAUUUAUGGAUUAUGGAGGAACUAAGCUGCAUGCAACACUGGAGUAAGUUAUCGGAUAUCUUGCAACCAAAUAAGUGCAAUGAUUCAAAUCAAUCGCUUAAUCUUAGCGCUACUAGACAUAUUCCUGAGCAACAGCUCAACAUAAUGCGUUCAGCGUAUCGAAGAUUGACGACCAUUGUACGCCUCAUAUUUUCAUUCACUGCCUGCCUAUCCAUGCUUUGGGAUAUUAUGUUCCUUUCAACGGUUAUAUAUUUUCACACAAUGCCGUCAAAACUGUUAGGAACAGCGCUUGCUGUGGCCUGUUGGUUCCUGUUUUAUCGAGUCAUUUUCUGUAGUUGUGCAACUGGAUCCUGGGGUGGUUUUGCUCCUGGCAUACCUGGUGAUGGUCCAAUAAAAUUUGCAUCCAGUUAAUUAUUCUCAUGAAAUACUAAUAGCUUUUGUGUAAAAUUCAUUUAACCAAGCAUAACUGAUGUCUAACUUCAUGAAGCAUGUAAUUCUUCUGUCAAUUGUUACAUGUAUUGACUGAUGUAUUGGUUAUCAAAGGAUGUUUGGAAUAAUUCAUAAUGUGAUGCAAUUUUCUCAGUACUUUAAAAUGAAAAUGUAUUUGCAUCUAAUUUCCUCACUUCCUUUUUCAUAAGUUCAAUGUCCAUUGACUUGGAACCAUUUAUAUUAGCAUUGUUAAAGAAAACAACUGUAUCUAUUAGCAUACAUUUACCCAUUAAAAUAUGCUUUUCAAUUUGAAUAUGUAAAGUCUACUAUAAUCUCUUUAUAAAUUUAACCUUCCUAAUG